UUGAGAUCAAUUCAUUAAUUCAGUUUCCCCAAUUCUUCAAUCAGUCUCAAAGCUCUCUUUUCUUCUUCCUGUUUCUCGAAGCUUCACUAAUGGUGAACCAGGUUUCAUCUCAGAUUCUCUGAAAUUCAACAUGGUAUCAGAGCCGUAAGGUUCUCUCUUCCGCAUCGAUCAUCUUAUCUCUUCGUUUCUUCUCUAUUUUCUCUGUUUUUCUGUUGUUGAUUGAUAUUCAGUAGCCAUGGGGGAAAAUGUUGAUACACCUCCAGUUCAGAUUCAGGAUCUCCCAAUCCUAUCCACUAAUGCUCUCUACAUGCAUCCAUCUGAGAAUGCUGGAUCUUCAAUUGUUCCGGUUCUAUUUGAUAGAUCAGGUUAUCGUUCCUGGAGACGAGCAAUUCUCAGAGCACUAUCAGUGAAGAACAAAACAGGUUUCAUCAAUGGAAAAAUCGUGAAACCAGAUCUCGAUUCAGCUACAUUUGCUCAAUGGGAACGAUGUGAUGAUAUGGUCACCUCGUGGCUUCUCAACUCACUCUCAAAAGAUCUUGCUGAUAGCCUGCAAUAUGUUAACAACGCAAAAGAGUUGUGGGAUGAAUUGGCUGAUAGGUAUGAUCAGACCAAUGGUGCGAAACUGUACCAAUUGCAGCGAGAAAUAACUGAAUUGACUCAGGAAAAUCUCGAUGUCAUUGGUUACUAUACCAAAAUGCGUAAGCUCUGGGAGGAACUUAGCACAUUGGACACCAGUUCUCAGUGCACAUGUCUGUGUACUUGUGAUGGGAAAGCAAGGAUGCACAAGGCUGAGCAAGACAGACGACUAAUUCAUUUUCUCAUGGGAUUGAAUGAAGUGUACACAAUCGUUCGAGGCAGUAUCCUGAUGAUGAAUCAUUUGCCUACCAUGGCUCAAGCCUUUUCCAUUCUAGUGCAGGAAGAAAAGCAAGGGGAAGUAAAGCCUCAUGGGAAAUUCAAUCUGGAGUCCACUUCUCUACACGUGAAUGCUGCCAGUACUAGUACUAAUUUCAGAACAAAUUACACUCCACAGAAGAACAAUUGGGGAAGUAGCAGUGGAGGAAGCAACAGUGGAAGCAAACCUCCAAAUAAGUCUCAUCUGUUUUGUGAGUAUUGUAAGAAAUCUGGACAUACAAGGGACAAAUGUUACAGGCUCCAUGGUUUCCCUGAAGAUUUCAAAUUCACUAAAGGCAAGAAUGCUGUAGGAACAGCAGCUACUGCUCAUGCUAGUCGUGAUCACAUGAACAAAGGGAAAAGUCAUGUAGGAAGUGAGGAUAGAUGUGGUCAUGAGAAGAAGAGUUCUGUUAUUUCCAAACACCACCUUGAACAACUGAUGAACUUGCUGGAAAACAUUCAGCUUCAAGGAGGAAAUAGCAAUGCAGUUACAGCUAGAGAGAAUGCAAACAUUUUUGGUGGAGCUGUGAACUUUGCAGGGCCCUUCAAUGGAGAGCCCUCUGGAGAUUGGUAGAGCACAAAAUGGCCUCUAUUUUUUUUGUUCAAAGUGCCAUACUUCUUGUCCAAGCUCUACAGUCCAAGCAAAUGGAUCACAUGUUUUUUCUUUCCCUGUUAUUUCUAGUAUUUUGAA